AUGAGUGCGCUUAUUCACAAUCCGGAUCAAUUUAUUAGCUUACCAUUUCGUCGUUGUGAAAAAAAUGUCCCAGACUGGGAACUGUGUGCGAAAUACAUUGCUGCCAACUAUCCCAGCAACAACAACACUCAUAUAAGAAAUGCCAUCAAAACCAUGAUCGAUAGUCACAACAUCAUCGCCAAAGUCUUCUCGUCGGAAACAAAGUCUUCGCUAACCGGGGGCUUUAUCGACCAAAUUUUGAAGCCAUAUUGCAAGCUAAUUGUCAUGGCCCAGGCACACCUACCGCUGCAUAGUGGAAAGGUUAGUAAAAAUCUUAAAUUUUUCUGGAGGGACAGCUUCAAUGAGGGGCUAAAAUACGAGUCCCUUAAUGCAAAUGUCGAGCUGGUGAGUUGUAUUUACAACCUUGCCGCCUCAUACGCAUACGUGGCUGCUCAGCAAGCUCAACAUGGAACCAUCGAGAGCAUUAAGGAAGCUUUUAAAAAUUAUCAAAACGCAGCGGGCUACUACACUAUGGUAAAGGAUCUGCUGUUCCGAGUGCCACCAGAACACCGCAACAAAGGUGAUUUCAGGGAAGAGUCGAUUGAACUUAUGAUCAAAGUCUGCCUGUCUGAGGCCCACCACUGUGGUUAUUUGAAGGCCGAAGAGGCGAUGAAAGAUAAUCAGGAAAUGCUUGCCAGGAUUGCUAAGGAAGGUGCAAAAAUGUUUGCGGAGAUCCACGCGCUGAUGGCCAACUCAAUUUGGUGCCAGGAGAAGACCUGUUUCGCCAAAAAAAUGUUGGUUCUUAUGAGUGUCGAUGCUUGCCUUUUCGAGGUGAGAGCCUGUCUUCAUCUAGCAGUUAAGAAUGAAGAAGAUACUAAGAUGGGUACUGCGAUCGGAUAUUACAAUAAGGCUCUCCAAGUCCUCGACAAACUCCCAAAAAUGUCAUCCAAUGGUAUGGCAGCGUGGGCAGGUAGCGUGGCUAAAAAUGCUAAGACUGCUUAUAGGAAAGCGUUGGACAUGAAUUCUUCCGUGUAUUAUGAACGAGUUCCGAAGGAGGUUCCCGAUGUUGAUGGUUUAACACGUUCGUUAGGUCGCGUCAUUGAGAAUACAAGCUUUAUCAGUGGUGCCUUCGUUCGUGAAGAUGAUCCGUUCUUUGGAAUUGUUCCGGUCCACGUCUCAAAUUUGGCGAUGAAGUGGCGAGAGAAAGAGCGCAGUCGUGUUAAGAGCUGCAACGAUACCGCUACUGAAUUUUGUGAGUCUGCACAAAAUAAGAUGGAGCAGCUCGGUGUGAUGUCCAUCAUACAGACGUUUUCCUGUGAUACGCAGGGCCAUCGGCGCAUUCCGGAACCCCUUUGCACCAAGAUUCUCAACCUCCGCACUGGAUCUGAAGGUCAGGUGGUAAGCGUAACUCAAAAUAUUCUGGAUUCCGUUAAAAUCAACAAAGAAUUACAGACUAUUUUGACCGAAAAGCUUCAUGAAAUUUUCGAGAUGUUCAAUGAAGAAAAGAUGAAAGAUGAUAAACUUUCGGAUUUGUAUGGAGAGAAGAUCUGGCGUGCAGUGUACCCGGAGCUGAAGCAGACUCCUGAGUAUAAUUCCAUCAUGGCCGCUUACGACAUGCACAAACAAAACCUUGAGAAGUACAUAUCGGACCAACUUAAUACCAACAUGCAGACUUUGGAUCAAAAUCUACGUAAUAUUGCUCGCUUGGAUUGGAAAAUGGACGAUCUGCAUUUUUUAAUCCCCUUUGCAGAGACUAAGGAAGUUCAUGAACAGUCUACUAAAGUAAAAAAGUGGAUUGAUGAACUCAAGCAAGUUAUGUCCGAUUUUGAAGUGACGGUAAGUGAACAGAAGGCCGCACAGAAUUCUCUGUGGGAUCUUUUGGAAUCAGACGCAAUUGUUUUUGGUUUAUCAGCUGUCGAAGGUACCCAGCAAGAUACCAUUUUCGAGAAUGAAUCCCGCUCUAUAUCAGAUGGAAUUGCAAAAGUUACGAGUAUAACACAAAAACAAUCGGAACUGGUUGCUCGAGCCGAGAAGAUUAUAGAGGAGGUUUCCAAACUGCAGAGCAUUGAUCCUCUUACGCAGGAAAUGCAGAAGGUCACCAAUGGCUUGGAAAACGCAUACAAUGUAUACAGGGAGCUUUUAGAAAAUUUUAAAAACAUCGCACAGUAUACCUCUAGAAUCAUAACUGAAGUUGAGGACACACUAUCUACAGCCAAGUCUUUCAUCAGAACCCGUCAAGCAGCAGCUCAAGAACUUCAGAUUCAACUAGAUGCACAAAUCCAGGCUAAGAUGGACGAGUUGAAGAAUAUUGAAAAUGAACUUUCCCACUCACGAAAACGACAGGAAGAGAUUCGUGCCCAAAUGGAGCAACUGCAAGGCUCACCGCCAUUGUCAAAACAACAACACGUGUCGGCACCGUCGAUGCUUUUUAAUCCGUAUGGAUAUCCCGUAACAAGCAAUGCAUUACCACAACAACCGCCGCAUGCGCUGGCUUUCUCAUCCUCCAUGGGGGGCCAAGGCGCCCACGAAAGCCCACCACCUGAUUACAAUUUUCUUACAAGCAACCCGCCCCCCCCACUAUCUUCAAUGUAUGAACCUCCGCCUUCUAUGUGUAUUUUUCCUUCCCCGCCAAAUAUGACGAUGGGUGCGUAUGCGCCUAAUCUUGGCAACAAUUCGGUUGCAAACAACCCGCAAGAUGCACAGGCCUACCCUCAUGAUCGCCCUUAUUCUUGA